AUGACUAGGGACCGAAAGGGGAAGACCUUUCUCCCACACAGUCUCCAUCAGUCACUGCCCCCACGGUUGGGAUGGGGCAUGAUUUUCUCUUCCGUAAAACCAACCAACAAGGAGUGCACCUCUGUCUCCAACCUGCCACCAGUCUUUCACUUCAGCCCACAGCACUGUGCACACCUCAAGAACCAAUAUUUGAAAAAAGCCGCUUCAAACCUUACCUUCUCUCAGGAGGUGGUGUGGCAGCGAGGGCUACCCAGCAUUCCUUACAGCCAGUACAGCUUUGACCACCUCUACAACACAGACCAUAUCAUCCAACGCCCCCAUAUCAGGAAGGCCCGACCUAAGAAGCCUGUCAGCUUCAAGUCCUUGGAUUCUUUAGGUCCCUCAGCAAGGGUCACCUCCCAGGCUGUGAAAACAAAAAGCUCUAACAAUCUUAAGAAAAAGCUAAAGAAAGCGAAGUCAGCGAGCACAGACCCAGAAACAUCUUGCCCUGUCAUUCAUCCCUGCAGGGACUCAGACAGGGUGAGUCUGUUGCCUUCUUUAGGUGUGAACCUGGAAGAGAGGGAAGCCUGGCUUCCGCCCCAUGAGAAGGAGAUCAGAGCCUGGGAGGCCAUCGUGCUGGGAAAGCUGAACAAGCGCACUGCCCGAUGGAUCGAGAACAAGCGUCCUUUGAGGCCUGGGGUGUCCCCCAACAAGUGGCAGAGCUUCUUGCGCCAGCAAUACGACUGGAGCCACAUCCGGGAUGAGCUCACCUCUACCAGUGACCUGGAGCUCUUGAAACAGCUGGAAGAAGAAGAGACAGCAGAUUUUGAGGGUCGAAGUAUCAUCCUGCCCACCCAGGAAAGAAAGGAGUCGGAGCUGAUGCUUUCUGUUUAUUACAGAUUGCCCGAGUACUUACCACAACGGCAGAAAGUUAAAACUACAUCUGGCCACAAUAAGACUGCGGAGGAAAUCAAUGAAGAGAGGGGCAUCCGGCAGCCCCCAGACCAGAGCUGCUUCCGGCAGGUGAAUCCUCGGGCUGGAAAGUUUGCUUACUCCACCGACAACACCUUCGAACAGGAUAUUUACUUUGAUAAAGUCCAGGUCGUCCACCAGAUUGGUGCAAAGAGAGACCAAAUUUUCCUGGAAAAUCGCAACCGGUACAAUAAGCAGCUACUUAAGGUCUUCCCUGAAAGCCCAGAAAGGUGGACUUUCCAGCCAAUUCCUGAAGCACCUUGCAGGCCCGUGAAAGGAGCCCUGUGCUGGACUGCUUUGCCCACCCGGGUCGAGGAUCUGCUGUCGCCAGGGGGUGAAGAGGACAUGUCCACUAAGACCAGGAAACUGAAGACACAGGCAGAAUCGCCGGAGGAGGAUGGGACUUGGAAACUGGCGGUUCUGCAAAGGAUGCUGCAGGAAUGGAAGACUGCCUGGGCCCUUGUCGUCGAGUGGCGCCACAAGACAGUAGAGGGUCUGCUGCAGAGUUUGGUGGACAGGAAUAAUAAUACUCGGAUCCAAGCUAUCGUCACAUGUGCCACAGCUGCUUUGGAACGGCCCCGGACUGCCAUGGGCCAGGGGUGCCCAGACAAGGAGGAGACUAUGAAAGCCCCAAUGGUCCAGGACUUGCCAGAGGUCCUCAAGUCCGCUUUGGAGGCCGCUCUUCAUGACAAGAAUGUUUAUGUGCAGAUGGCAGCCGCGAUAUGCCAAUAUGCCAUGGAGUCACAUAACCCCCUUGCCCAGGACAUCAUGCAGACUGCCCUUUUGAAGGGCAAUACCGUGGACAGCUGGGCUGCAGCUCAGUGCUUGGCUCUGGAGGGUGCUGCCACUUACCCCGUGAUUAAGAAGAUCCUCCAUCAGCUGUUUUACAAGAAGAAUGAGGACACUGAGCACCAGGCAUACAUGCUCCUGAGCCAUCUCAGUGGGAAGUCGAGCCUGAUACACACCAUACUUGCUGUGGAGCUGAACAGCCGUCAGUGGAAGGACAGGAUUGUGGCCUGCCGGGCUCUCUCUCGCAUCAGUGGAACUGUCUGUUUGGAUAUAAAACAUAAGUUGAUCCAGCUGAUGUGGAAUGACUGGCAUAAGGAAGUAAGACAAGCAGCUGCCAAAGCUCUGGGGCAAAUGAGUCUUGGGAAAGAGGUGCAUGACACAAUCAGAGUCAAGCUGUGUCAAGGAAAUUCCCAAGAGCGUGUGGAAGCCCUGUCUCUGAUUGGUGGGCUCAAGCUCAUGACCGCCAAGCUUCUCCCAAGCUUCCUAAACUGCUUCUCUGAUGACUUCAUGGCAGUUCGGCGGGCAGCCUGUUUAGCAGCAGGUGCCCUGCAGAUCCGUAAUGCAAUGGUCCUUAGAUGCCUUCUGAAUCUGAUACAGGAAGAUCCUUACUGGAAAGUCAAGGCCUUUGCCAUUCGAGCUUUGGGACAGAUUGGCCAAGUGAGUCCCCAGUUGACAGACCUCCUGCUCUGGGCCGUACACUAUGAAUCGUCACCAGGCGUUCGACUAGAAGCUUGCCGUAGUAUCUUAGCCCUCAAACUUCAAGGGGACCGGGUCAAGGACACCCUCCUAGAUGUGCUGCUCCUAGAAAACCAUGAUGCUGUUUUAAAGUAAGCACUAAACCUCUGGUUCCUCCCACUACCCCAACUCUCUCAUCUUUGUUAAUACAAUAUGAA